AUGUAUCAUUGUGAAGUAAUUUAACUCUAAAAAUUGCAAACUCCAAAAGGACAAAAAUAUGAUCAUAUUAUUUAAGGGUUUGCUAUUGAAGAAAAAAGAGAAAGAUGUUUCAUUAUUAUGCUAUUUGAAGAAACAACUGAUUAAUAAACUCUGCCUAAUAAAAGAAAAUUUGUUCUGAAGUAAAUUUAUUUAAAUAAUUUAGAUGGUUAAAGGUGU